UAGGUAAAAUAAAAGGAAGGGGAAAAAGAACAAUACUCCAAAAAAGUCCAUUAAAUUAUCUAUCAUUCGAAGAAUGGGGAGAGGGAAAGUGGAAUUGAAGAGAAUAGAGAAUCAAACAAACAGGCAAGUUACCUUCUCCAAGAGAAGAAAUGGUUUACUUAAAAAAGCUUAUGAACUCUCUAUUCUAUGUGAUGCUGAAGUUGCCCUUCUUCUUUUCUCUCCUUCCGGCAAACCUUACCAUUUCGCGAGUCAUGACAUCGAAAGGACUAUUUUAAGGUACAAGAAUGAAGUUGGGUUGUCCCAAAAUAGCGACCAAGGCCUCAGAGCUAUGGAGGUUUGGAGAACUAAGAUUGAUGACAUGACAAGAACAAUACAUGAACUUGAAGCCAGAGAUAAGCAUUUGGCUGGAGAAGAGUUAACAAGUCUUGGCAUGAAAGAAUUGAAGCAAUUGGAGCGUCAGCUCAGAAUUGGGGUUGAACGCAUUCGAUCUAAAAAGAGACGUAUCAUUUCCGAACAUAUUAACGGGCUUAAGAGAAGGCAUAAAAUCCUUCAUGAGGAGAACAUCCAUCUUCAAAAGCAAGUAAUGUUGUCUGAAAUAGAAAGGAGUUCAAGGAUUCUUGAUUCAGAUGCAAGUGAGUUACUUUCUAAGGGACGAAGAAUAAUAUAUGAUUUGUAG